AUGUCAACGUCGAAACCCGUGGAAUGGGUUUCUGCAUUGAUUGAACGGUUUGAAUAUCAGUUACCGAUUAAAUGUGGAGAAUUAACAAAUCAAAUGCGUCUCAACUUAGAACAAAACAAAGAAUGUCUCAUUGCAUUGAGUCGAUUCAAAUUUUCACUUGUUAUCAUCGGCUUGACAGAUAUUCUUCGAACAAUCGACAAUACAAAAUGCGGUGGAUAUGAUCAAGAAAAAAAUAUUUAUGAAUCAUAUUUAAUCGUCCUUGAUGCAGUGGAACAAUGUUUAGCAAAUACGAAAGAUCUGAGUACAAGUCGUUUAGAUGAAGCAAUUUACGUGAAUCGGCUAUUACCUGUCGUUUGUAAAUUGUUGAAUGUCCCCGGUGAUGGCAUAACAGUUCAACAUGUUCGACAACUUGCGUCGAAUGUUCUAUUUGCAUUGAGUGUCAAUAAUUUCAGUACAUUAUUCAGUAAAGUUGUAUCGAGACUUGAAUGUCUGAGUGCAUCGGGUGAUGAACCAUGUGAAGCGGGUGAUCUUGAUUUGAUACAACAUAUGAAUGUGGAUAUGUUGAAGUUAACACGACUUCUCAACGAGGAAGUACAGAAAUGGAAAUUAUUGAAGAAAAUCCAUCAUACAGAACUUGUCAAAAGUGUUGAAAAGGCAAUUUGGAACUGGUUGGACACAUAUCCUGAAGAAUUUACGGAUUUACAAAAGCGUCCGAAUGCUGAACUAAGUGAUAAUUGUGAGAAACUAUUUGAAUUACUCGAUUCAUUCGGUGAAGCCAAUCGUCGUAAAGUUCAAUACAUUUGGCCACUUCAAAUGAUGUUAUUAGUCUUAUGUCCAAUAAUUCUCGAAGAAUUGGUUUAUGCAUUGGAAAAAGGUGGUCCUUGUUCGGCUGAACAUUUCAAAAAGCGAAAUUUUGUCGAUGCUCUUAAACGUCAAUUACAUGCUCAAGUUUUGGGCAAACAACAUUCAGCCGGUGGAACUGAAUCAGCUGCUGUUGUUACAUUUGUCAAAUUAUGUAAAGCAGCAACAUAUAUCAAUAACAAAGAUUCGAACAAUGUUCUAUUCGUCAUGGUUCAAUCGGUAAUCGGUGAUUUAAAACAAAUUCUAUUUAAUCCAAUGAAACCAUUUUCACGUGGUCAAGAUAAAAUUCAUGUGGAUUUAGAAUUAAUGAUUGAGUUCUUUCUCGCUUGUCUUCGAUUAAAUCCACACAAUAACGAAGUUUUAAAAGUUUGUUUGAACUUAUCUUCACCAGCGAUGUUUCAUUACGUCUUAGUCAAAGCUCUGUAUCGAAUCAUCACACAGAAACGUUUAGCUUGGUGGCCACAGAUUGAUAUCGUUUAUUCUCGCGCUGGAGAACUGCGAAAUAUGUUUACAGACACAUUAAAUAAAGUCUCUCAAUCUUCAACGUUUUCCACUACUCCAUUACGAAUCUCCGGCAUAACCGGUGUCAGUACAUUGAAAGAUUUUCUUUUCAAUACUCAACAAUUACGUACACAAUAUUCUCAAGCAUUCAAAUCAAAAACAUCCGAUCGAUUAGCUUAUGACGAAGGACCGAAUAAUCGUGAAUUGUUAUUAUGGAUCGUUCGUUUAAUCAUCGUUGAUCCAUACUUAAUGUUACACAAUCCGAAUAAACUCGAUCAUGAAACGCAAAUGUCGACAUUUGAAUUAAUCAACGGUCUUGUUUCACUUGUUCACGAUACAUCGAUGAUGCCAGAUGUCGCUCAUGCAGCAAUGGAAUCCUUAUUAGUUUUGCAUGAAACAAGAAAUAUCGAAUUAUGGAAUCCCGAAGCUUCGAUCAACACAUUUUGGUCAAUUUCAAGUCAAGUCCUGUUUUCGAUUUCACAAAAAUUAGUUCUACAUCAAAUUUAUGAAUAUACAUCAGUCCUACGUUGGUUAAGAGAAAUUCUUGUUCUACGAAAUGCAUUUCUUUUACAUCAUAAAGACAAUGCUUAUCUUGGUUCAAACAUUCCCAUGGCCAAACAUGCUCAUACGAAAUUAGAAAUUGUUUUCUUCAUUUAUUUGUGGUCGAUCGACCCCGAAGCAGUGAAAAUUGCCAUGUCGUGUUUCGCAUUAUUUGCUUACGAAGCUGAUAUUCGUUUUGGUUUUGACGAAAUGGCAGUGUUAGCACUCUUACCGAAUUAUAACAUUUACAUGGAACUAUCCGCAGCGUCGACCACGUUGGUGACUACCGGACGAAAUGCAUUACAGAAAAAAAUUCUUUCGUUGUUGAGACGUAUUGAAUAUGCUACUCCAGGAAAUAAACAAGCCUGGUAUGAUACAUUUGUCAAUCAGCAACAUUUGGGCAAAUUUUUAGCUGUUUAUCCGAAACGUGUCGAUGAUUUUGGUACUGGAGGAUCAACAGCGGGUUCACCAUCUGUUAGCGGUAGUGAAACAAGUGGAUUCGCAGGUGGUGGAUAUACAAAAUUUGGAAAAAGACGAGCAGGUGUCAAUUCAAGUGAACAUGAAAUUGAAGAUGUUUUUCAUGAAUGGGCGAAUAUGACCGGAUUUUUAUGUGCGCUCGGAAGUGUUUCGUUACCAGUCAAAAAUCGUCCGGGUGUACAUGGAAUUCCAGUUGAUACUCGUCGUACAUCAAUGGAACCGGUUAGUUCGGAUUUACAUUAUUGUCCUGUGACACAAUUUAUCGGCGAUUGUUUGAAAUAUUUGGUUUGUCAAAAUGAGAAAUUUGGUCUACAAAUCCAACGUCAUAUUCAAGAUUUAUUAGGACAUGAAUUAAAUCCUCUAUGUUAUCCAAUUCUCUUCGAUCAAAUUAAAAUUCAAGUUGAUAAAUUCUUUGAUGCCAAUGGUCAAGUGAUUUGUUCGGAACAAAACACUCAAUUUAUCGAUAAUGUUAUCGUAAUAAUGCGUUCAGUUUUUGAAAUGAAAGCUCAACAAUCGGCACAAAGUUCUUUAGAAGGUCCAUCAACAACAUCGGGUUCAUCAAAUACAUUAGGUGUACCAAAUAACAACAAUGUAUCAUCACCAUCAGUUGUGGGCGCUUCAUCCAACGAUCCAAGUUCGAAUUCAACAAGUGCAAGUGGACGUGGUGGACCACAACAAACUAAUGAAAAUCCUUUGGCGAAUGUGAUUAGUUUAGAACAACUCGUUCUCAACAUUGUUCGUUAUGCACGACAUUUGGAUACAAGUGUUGGAGCAGUGACUAUUCGUAUUCGUGUUUGUCAAUUAGUGGAAUCAAUGAUGAAACGACGUGAUGAUUUAUCAUUUCGACAAGAAAUCAAAUUUCGAAAUAAACUUGUGGAAUAUCUUACCGAUUGGAUUAUGGGAAAUUCGCAUCAAUUUAAUCAAGUUCACGCAUUGGGACAAUCCGCUGCUGGUGUCAGUGUUGGAAGUGGAGUGAAUGUGACAACAUCUCAAUUAGUCGUUGAUCAAUAUCAACAUUUGACACGAGAAUUAGAUCAAGCAUCAAUGGAAGCCGUCGCUUCGUUACUUCAUUCACUUCCAUUGCAACCCGAAGAAAGUGAUCGAGGAGAUUUAAUGGAAGCAAAAUCACAACUAUUUCUGAAAUAUUUUACUUUGUUUAUGAAUUUACUAAACGAUUGUGGUGAUGAUUUAAAUGAUGAUCAGAGUUCAUUACCUGACCAUCAUCAAACAAAUAUGGAACGAACGACAUCGACAAAUCAAACGCAACAGCAACAGCAACAACAAUCACAGUUAGCGAAUCAAUUACAUCAGAAACAACAAUCUCUGAGAAAUUCAACAAUUGUUGCCAUGUCGAAUUUACUCGCUGCAAAUAUCGAAAGUGGUUUGAUGAGAAGUAUUGCUUUGGGUUAUCAUCGUGAUCCACAAACUCGCGCUGCUUUUAUGGAAGUUUUGACACAAAUUCUUCAACAAGGAACGGAAUUUGAUACUUUGGCUGAAACUGUUCUUGCUGAUCGAUUCGAACGCUUAGUUGAACUUGUGACAAUGAUUGGCGAUAAAGGUGAAUUACCGAUCGCAAUGGCACUUGCAAAUGUUGUCUCACCUCAAUACAUGGAUGAAUUAGCACGAGUGUUCGUGACGAUUUUCGAUGCAAAACAUUUACUUCAUCAAUUAUUGUUGAAUAUGUUUGCAAAAGAAGUUGAAAUGGCUGAUUGUUAUCAAACGAUUCUCCGUGGAAAUGGUUUACCAACGAAGAUUAUGUCAUUCUGUUUUAAACUUUAUGGUUCACAUUAUUUAUACAAUUUGUUCGCACCGAUCUUAGCGAAAAUGUUCAUCGCUGAUUUACGUUCGUAUGAAGUUGAUCCAUCACGUAUUGAACAACAUGAACAGUUGGAGGAUAAUCGAAAAAAUCUCCGUUUGUUAACCCAAGAUGUUUUUCAAGCGAUUGUUGAUUCGGCUUCGCAAUUUCCAUUGCAACUGCGUAUACUUUGUUCAUGUUUAUAUCAAGUUGUUCAUCAACGCUUUCCUCAACAUCCACUACAAGCUGUAUCAACCGUGAUUUUCCUUCGUUUUCUUAACCCAGCAUUGGUUCUUCCACAUGAAUUUGGUAUCGUCGACGCCGAACCAUUACCACGUAUAAAACGUGGUUUAACUCUCGUAUCAAAAAUUCUUCAAAACAUCGCAAACAAUUUGAUUUUUACCAAAGAAUUUCACAUGCGAUGUUUCAAUGAUUAUCUUCGUUCAACAUUCGAUUUGGCAACAAAUUUUGUUUCAUCAAUCAGUGAGCCGAUCAAUUUAAAUACAAUUCUUCCAUCGGAUGAGCAACAACCAAUGGAAAAUAACAUCCCUGAUUCAACAAUUCUCUCUCCAACGUAUCCAAUGUCUUAUAUCAGUGAUGCGAAUGUUUUGGCUCUUCAUCGAUUACUUUGGUAUCAUCAAGAAAAAAUCGGAGAUUAUUUAUCGAGUGGAAGAGAUCAUAAAGCAAUUGGACGAAGACCUUUUGAUAAAAUGGCGACUUUGUUAGCUUAUCUCGGCCCUCCGGAUCAUCGACCAUUGGAUUCACAAUGGAUUUCAUAUGAUAUGACAGCGACAAAAUUCGAAGAAUUAAUGGCAAAAACACAAAUGCACGAAAGAGAAGAAUUCAAAUCCUUAAAAGCUUUGAAUAUUUUCUAUCAAGCUGGAUUUAGUAAACAAAACAAUACUCCUGUAUUCUAUUACAUUGCUCGUCGUUUUAAAGUCAACGAAAUGAAUUGUGACUUGUUGAUUUAUCAUGUUCUUCUAACAUUGAAACCAUUUCAAGCCAAACCAUUCGAAUUGGUCGUUGAUUUCACUCACACAUGCACAGACAAUCGUUUCAAGACUGAUUAUUUGUCUAAAUGGUUCAUUUGCAUGCCAGAUUGUUUCUAUUAUAAUCUUCAAGCUUGUUACAUCUAUAAUUGUAAUUCUUGGGUGAGAGAAUAUACAAAAUAUCACGAUCGAAUCUUGUCAACGAUAAAAGGUUCGAGAAAAUUAAUUUUUCUGGAUCAUAUCUCACGUUUGAGCGAUUUUAUCGAACCGGAUCAACAAAAAUUACCUGGACAUACUUUAUCACUCGAAGAGGAUCUGAAAGUAUUUAACAAUGCAUUGAAAUUAUCCCAUAAAGAUACAAAAGUCGCUAUCAAAGUUGGUCCACAAGCAAUUCAAGUGACAUCAAGUGAAAAAACGAAAGUUCUCAGUCAUAGCGUCUUAUUAAACGAUGUUUAUUACGCAUCAGAAAUCGAAGAAGUCUGUCUAGUCGAUGAUAAUCAAUUCACAUUAACAAUUGCGAAUGAAACUGGUCCACUUUCAUUUAUUCACAACGAUUGUGACAACAUCGUUCAAGCAAUUAUUCACAUUCGAACACGAUGGGAACUUGCUCAACCUGAUUCGAUUCAAAUUCAUAAUAAAAUUCGUCCAAAAGAUGUUCCUGGAACAUUGUUGAACAUUGCAUUGUUGAAUUUAGGAUCUCUUGAUCCAUCGUUACGAUCAGCUGCGUAUAAUCUUCUAUGUGCUUUAACGCAAACAUUUGAUUUACGUAUCGAAGGUCAACUCUUGGAAUCGUCGGGUUUGUGUAUUCCAUCGAAUAAUACAAUUUUUAUUAAAACAAUUUCCGAAAAAUUGGCGUUGAAAGAAGCACAUUUAACAUUAGAAUUUCUCGAAGAAUGUAUCGAAGGUUUCCGAAAUUCGACGAUUGAACUAAAACAUCUCUGUUUGGAAUAUAUGACCAAAUGGUUACCAAAUUUAACUCGAUUUUGUAAACAAAAUGAUGAUAAUAAACGAAUGAAAGUGUCGAUGAUCUUGGAUAAACUGAUUACAUUGACAAUCGAAGAAGAUGAUAUGUAUCCAUCAAUUCAGGCAAAAAUUUGGUCAAACGUUGGACAAGUUAGCGAUCUAUUAGAUAUUGUUCUCGAUUGUUUUAUCAAACGAUCUGUUCUCGGUGGUUUGGGUUCAUUACCUGCUGAAAUUCUUGCUGAUACCGCUGUUGCUUUAGCUAGUUCAAACGCUUUACUAUUUUCUCGAAAAGUCAUCGGUCGUCUCUGUCGUUUAAUCGAAAAAACAUGUCUAUCACCAACACCAACAUUAGAACAACAUUUAAUUUGGGAUGAUAUCGCCAUUCUACUUCGAUAUUUACUCAUGCUUUCAUUCAAUAACUCACUUGACGUAGCGUCUCAUUUACCAUUUUUAUUUCAUAUUGUCACGUUGUUGGUCAGUACAGGACCAUUGACAUUGCGUGCUUCGACGCAUGGUCUUGUGAUCAAUAUUUUACAUUCAUUAUGUACAUGUUCUCAACCACAAUUUAGCGACGAAACACAACGUGUUCUUCGUUUGUCCUUAGCAGAAUUUUCGCUACCGAAAUUUUAUGCUUUGUUUGGUUUAUCGAAAGUAAAAUCAGCGAGUGUUAUUGCAUUUCGCACAGGUUUUAUCAGACAACAGCAGCAACAACAACAUUCAAAUCAAUUACUCUCUCAAGAUAAACAACAACAACAACAGCAACAACAGCAGCAACAACAACAACAACAACAACAAAUUUCAUUUGAACGAACAAUUGCGAUAAGCAAUGCAUAUUCACCAACCAUCGAACAACCUGAACGAAUGAGUUUAACUUCACUGGAAACAAUUACCGAUACUUUGUUAGAAUUGAUGGAAGCUUGCAUGAAUGACAUACCUGAUUGUGAAUGGUUAGCUCAAUGGCAAGAAUUAGCUAAGCGUUUUGCAUUUCAAUUUAAUCCUGCUCUACAACCACGUGCAAUAAUUGUAUAUGGCUGUAUAUCAAAAAGUACGAGUGAUGGAGAAAUCAAAGCUUUGUUACGAAUACUUGUUAAAGCAUUGGAAUCGUUUUCUGAUAUUGAUUUGAUUGAUGCAAUAAUUAUGUGUUUAACACGAUUAUUACCGUUAUUAUCACCCGAAUCGAAGAUACAUAAAUUCAUGUUUUGGAUUGCUUUAUCGAUACUUCAAUUAGAAGAAACACAGUUAUAUGCGUCUGGUUUAGCUUUACUCGAACAAAAUCUUCAUACACUUGAUCAUAUGUUAAAUCUAUUUGAAAAUACGAAUACUCAUCAACAGCAAACAUUAGAACGAAUCAUGAUGGAUGCACGCGAACCAUUAGAAUGGCAAUUCAAACAAUUGGAUGCAAGUAUGGGUUUAUCAUUCAAAUCCAAUUUCAAUUUUGCACUCGUUGGACAUUUGAUCAAAGGAUUUCGUCAUCCUGUUCAAUCGACUGUUGCGCGUACAACUCGUGUUCUUUCAACUCUUCUUAGUAUAGUUGCUAAAUCUGAAUCUCAUGAUAAAUUUAAAGUCACACCAACAUCUGUUCCGUACUUAGCUGCAUUAGUCAGUGUUGUCGAAGAAGUUCGUACACGAUGUCCUGUUAAAAAUCGUCCUAUCAAUGUUCCAUCAACAACAGUCAAUACAAAUUCCACGAAUGCUUCUCCGUUUAACUACCCAUCAUCUCCUUCUAACCAUCCACUCUCUCAAAUUCCUCAAUCUCAUUCAAGUACAUCUAUUGCUGAUUUUACUGCCAUAACUGCAAAUACACCUUCCUCAUCAUCAUCUGUCCUGACAAAUUCAUCAUUACUUAAUAUUCAACAAGGUUUAUAUCCACGUCGUCAAAAGUCAUGGGAUUCUUCUUAUAUCGAUAAAUCACGAAGAGUUGGCGGAGUUAUCACAAUGACUGGUGCUCGUUUAUUAUCUGUUCCACCCCAUGCACGUCAUUGGCAUUCGUUUGAUAUUGAACAUGCUGUACCACGAAUACUGACAAAACCAGCAUCAACGUUGGUUCAACUACAACAAGUGAAACCAGUUGUACCAAUCAUUGCAGUGACACCACAAACUGCACCUGAAACUCAACAAACAUAUGAAACAAGUAGUGAAACAAAUCUUCUGUUAGAUCCUGAUGUUAUCACAGACACAUCCACUCAAGCUUUAUUAUUAACUGUAUUAGCAACACUUGUUCGUAAUACUUCGGAUGAAAACGAAAUGCGUAUUAUUUAUGAAUAUCUAGCUGAAUCAAGUAUUGUUUUUCCAAAAGUUUUCCCAGUAAUUCAUAAUCUAUUGGAUGCAAAAAUCAAUUCAGUUCUUUCAUUGUCGCAUGACGAAUCGAUUCUCGCAUCCGUUCAAUCCGUAAUCUAUCAAAUGAUUGCUUGUUCAGCCGGUGAUGAUGCUAGUCAACAACAACAACAGUUGAGCUAUUUACAAUCAUGUGGUUUUGGUGGUUUAUGGCGUUUUGCUGGUCCAUUCACUAUUUCACGACAAAAUCCAGAUAAUGUGGAAUUGUUUGUUAAUUGUUUAGAAGCCAUGGUUGAAACGUGUUUACCAUCAUUAGAUGAACAUGAGGAUGGUUCGGAAAGUGGUUUGAAUACAGGAAAUAGUUUAAGUGGAAAUAGUCGAACUAGACAUGCCUCAUUACAUCAUCAUCAUACCUUUCGACAUCAUCAUCAUUAUUCAGCUUCAUCGGCAGCUGCAUGUCUCAAUGCAAAUUUGUCAUCUUCGUUGUCAAGUGUUUCAAUAGAUUCGAUUCGAUCUCCGACGGAUCGUGAUGCUCAAUUUUUCGAUUUGAAUGAUCUGAAUCGACCAACUCAAUCCCAAUCGUCAACCAAUGCCUAUGGUCGAUCACAUAUUACACAAAAACCUAAUCUUAUUUAA